AUGGGUGAGGAGGGGCCCCCCAGCCUGGAGUACAUCCAAGCCAAGGAUCUGUUCCCCCCCAAGGAACUAGUGAAAGAGGAGGAGAAUCUGCAGGUGCCCUUCACGGUGCUGCAGGGUGAGGGAGUGGAGUUCCUGGGCCGGGCAGCCGAUGCCCUCAUUGCCAUCUCCAACUACCGGCUGCAUAUCAAGUUCAAGGAUUCUGUCAUCAACGUCCCGCUCCGGAUGAUUGACAGUGUGGAGAGCCGUGAUAUGUUCCAGUUGCACAUUGCCUGCAAGGACUCCAAAGUGGUGAGGUGCCACUUCUCCACUUUCAAGCAGUGCCAAGAGUGGCUGUCACGGCUAAGCCGGGCCACAGCGAGACCUGCCAAGCCUGAGGACCUCUUUGCCUUUGCCUACCACGCCUGGUGCCUGGGGCUGACCGAGGAGGAUCAGCAUACCCACUUGUGUCAGCCAGGAGAACACAUACGAUGUCGGCAGGAGGCUGAGCUUGUGAGGAUGGGCUUUGACCUGCAGAAUGUCUGGAGAGUCUCUCACAUCAACAGCAACUACAAAUUGUGCCCAAGUUAUCCCCAGAAGCUGCUGGUUCCUGUGUGGAUCACAGAUAAAGAGCUGGAGAAUGUGGCCUCCUUCCGCUCGUGGAAACGGAUCCCCGUGGUUGUGUAUAGACAUCUACGCAAUGGGGCUGCCAUCGCCCGCUGCAGCCAGCCGGAGAUCAGCUGGUGGGGCUGGCGCAAUGCUGACGAUGAGUACCUGGUCACAUCCAUCGCUAAAGCCUGUGCCCUCGACCCGGGGACAAGGGCCACUGGGGGCUCCCUCGGCACUGGGAACAGUGAUGCCAGCGAGGCGUGUGACACUGACUUCGAUUCCUCCUUGACUGCAUGCUCUGGAGUGGAGAGCACAGCGGCCCCUCAGAAGCUGCUGAUCUUGGAUGCUCGGUCCUACACCGCGGCAGUGGCUAACCGGGCUAAGGGUGGAGGUUGUGAAUGCGAAGAGUACUACCCCAACUGUGAGGUCGUGUUCAUGGGAAUGGCCAACAUCCAUGCCAUCCGGAACAGCUUCCAGUACCUCCGCGCUGUGUGUAGCCAGAUGCCAGACCCCAGCAACUGGUUGUCAGCACUGGAGAGCACCAAAUGGCUGCAACACUUGUCGAUGAUGCUAAAGGCAGCUGUGCUUGUGGCUAAUACAGUAGACCGGGAAGGCCGGCCUGUGCUGGUGCACUGCUCGGAUGGCUGGGAUCGGACGCCACAGAUCGUAGCCCUGGCUAAAAUACUACUGGACCCGUAUUACAGGACACUGGAGGGCUUCCAAGUAUUAGUAGAGUCUGACUGGCUGGAUUUCGGACACAAGUUUGGAGAUCGCUGCGGCCACCAGGAGAAUGCAGAGGACCAAAAUGAGCAGUGUCCUGUGUUCCUCCAGUGGCUCGAUUCUGUUCAUCAGCUGCUCAAGCAGUUCCCCUGCCUGUUUGAGUUUAACGAAGCAUUCCUGGUCAAACUGGUGCAGCACACAUACUCCUGCCUCUACGGCACGUUCCUGGCCAACAACCCCUGUGAACGUGAAAAGCGUAACAUCUAUAAGCGGACCUGCUCUGUGUGGGCCCUCCUGCGAGCUGGCAAUAAGAACUUUCAUAACUUUCUCUACACACCUGGCUCAGACAUGGUCCUGCACCCCGUGUGUCACGUCCGGGCCCUGCACCUCUGGACAGCUGUUUACCUGCCAGCAUCAUCUCCAUGCACACUCGGGGAGGAGAACAUGGAUCUUUACCUUUCCCCAGUGACUCAGAGCCAGGAGUUCUCUGGUCGCUCUCUGGACAGAUUACCUAAAACCAGAUCUAUGGAUGAUCUUCUUUCUGCCUGUGACACGAGCAGCCCUCUGACACGCACAUCCAGUGACCCUAACCUGAAUAACCAUUGUCAGGAGACCAGAGCAGGCCUGGAGCCCUGGCAUGGCAAUCCUGAGGGACCAGAGACAGCCUUCGUGGAAACUGGGGUAGGAGGUCCUCAGCAGACUGUAGGAGAAAUGGGUCUUCCCUCGCCUCUGCCCAGCAGCCAGAAAGACUACUUGAGCAAUAAACCUUUCAAGAGUCACAAAAGCUGUUCUCCAAGUUACAAGCUGCUUGGUGCCACAGUGCCCCAGGAAAUGAAGAGCAACUCCUCUGAUCCUGAGAUUAAAGUCCUGGAAGAGACCACGGCAUCAGCUCCAGACCAUCCUGCCCAGGAGGAGCUGUGUAGGACUUUAGAUGGCACAGAGGAGCCACCUGAACAUUUCCCUGAAAAAGAAGCUGCUAGUGCACUCUCUAAAGUAAUUUCCAACAAGUGUGAUAGAAUUUGUGAUUUUCCUGAGUCUUCCCAGGACUCCCUUACAGGUGCCCCCCAACAAGCCCAGCGAGGCUCUGUGCUAGGUGUACCCUCCAGAUCUGCUCCAGAUCACAGUCUGGGCACCCUUUGCAACCCACUGAGUGCUACCUGCCAAACUCCUCCAGACCCAAGCACUGACUUUGUCAACCAGGAUCCCCCAGAGUCUGUGGCAAGUAUCUCCCACCAGGAACAGCCCAGUUCUGUGCCAGAUCUGAUUGAUGGGGAGGAAGACACUGACAAAAGAGGGAAUAAUAGGAAUGGGCAGUCAUUGGAAAAUCCUCGCUUUGGGAAAGUGCCACUGGAUUUGGCCCGAAAGCCAAUUUCUCAGAGCCAGAUCAGUGAGUUCUCCUUUUUAGGUUCCAACUGGGACAGUUUCCAAGGGAUGGCGACUUCUUUCCCAAGUGGGGAGACCACUCCUCGGCGGCUGCUUUCCUAUGGUUGUUGUAGCAAGAGGUCGAGCAGUAAGCAGAUGCGGCCCUUGGUGCCCUGCUUUGGGGGCCAAUGGGUUCAGAGAGAAGGGGUGAAGUCACCUCUCUGUUCUAGUCAUUCCAAUGGACACUGUACUGGUCCAGGAGGAAAAAACCGGAUAUGGUUGUCCGGUCACCCAAAGCAGGUCUCCAGCACAAAGCCUGUUCCACUGAGCUGCCCUUCUCCAGUGCCUCCUCUCUAUCUGGAUGAUGAUGGACUCCCCUUUCCCACGGAUGUGAUCCAGCAUAGACUACGGCAAAUUGAAGCAGGGUACAAGCAAGAGGUGGAGCAGCUACGUCGACAGGUGCGGGAACUGCAAAUGAGACUGGAUAUCCGUCACUGCUGUGCCCCUCCAGCAGAACCUCCCAUGGACUAUGAGGACGAUUUUACAUGUUUGAAGGAGUCGGAUGGAAGUGAUACAGAAGAUUUCGGCUCUGAUCACAGUGAAGACUGCCUUUCAGAAGCAAGCUGGGAACCUGUGGAUAAGAAAGAGACUGAGGUGACUCGCUGGGUUCCAGACCAUAUGGCAUCACAUUGCUAUAACUGUGACUGUGAAUUCUGGUUGGCCAAACGAAGACACCAUUGCAGAAAUUGCGGGAAUGUAUUUUGUGCCGGUUGCUGCCACCUGAAGUUGCCCAUUCCUGAUCAGCAACUUUAUGACCCAGUUCUUGUCUGUAACUCAUGUUACGAACAUAUCCAAGUAUCUCGUGCCAGGGAACUUAUGAGCCAACAUCUGAAGAAACCCAUUGCUACAGCUUCCAGUUGA